AUUUUUUCUGCUUCCCAUGCCGUGGCGUGGCUAUGCCGAGCCCCUCUCAAGCCCUCCCACCGUUCCAUCACCCCCAGUGGCGCAGCGCCGCGCCACCGAAACGGCGGCGGGAACGGCAUCGCCGGGCGGCCGAGUGCUGUGGCUGCUGGGAAGUCGGUGUGUUGAGCUGCUGCUGCCCUCCGGCCGCGUUCGAACUAUCAGCCACACUGGCGCUGGGCUCAACGGGCUCAACGUUCCGGCGGGCUCCAGGGCGGUGGCGGAUCCCAAACGACCUGGGCAGUUGUACUUGCUGGAAAAUGGCAGUUCCACCCUCUGGAGCUACGAUUGCGCUUCAGGGCGGGCGGAGUCGUUAACACCUGGAGCAGAAGCCACGCGAUUUCGAUCCUCGUUGGGUUCCCGCUUUGUGCUCUGUGGGCGCCGGCUGCUUGUGACGGGAACGCCCAAUCAAGGGGCGCAUAGUCCGUGGAUCUUUGAUCUCAACGCACCUGGGCAGAGUGGGGGAGCGGAUUGCCACGCAGAAUCUGAGAGUUUUUGUGCCCAAAAAUGGAGCCGUCUGCCUGACGCUCCCUGCGCCAUCCUCUCCAGUGCCGUCGCAGUGGACGACGACGACGCGGCCAUUUGCAUCCUGGGUGGCUGGAGCAAGAUGCAAAGUUGCCACGGCUAUUUGCAACGCUUGUCUUUGAAGGGCCGUGAUGGAUGGCAAGUGUCCUCUGGGCAAGUUCCCUGGAGACGUCCAGGUGCAGCUACCACCUUAGCAGAUGGACGAAUCGUGGUGGGUUUCGGAUGGAUGGAAUGUGCUUCCGCUGCACCCGUGGGCAGCCGUGACUUCAAGCUGCUGCGCCGCAACGGUGGGGCGCAGCAAGCCGAGACCUCGGCGUCGCGCUUGGUGGCCAUGCGAAUGGAGGGGAAACUGCAAGUGGAAGAAUUGUCAACGCUUCCCUUGAGCGAUUCCUUCGAAAGUUUGGGGGAGAUCUUUCAAAUGGGCGGCCGCUUUCUGGUGUGCAUCGGCCGCGAUCAUGUGCAAAUGUUCGACAUGGAACUUGCCUCCUGGCAGACCUGGCCUUUGCCACAGGAGUUGUCUAUGGACGACAGCAACUCUUGGGUCAAGCACUGCGGCAGUUGGGCCGUCGCUUUCAACGAGCUCCCGGAGAGCGGUGCGGAGAACGGUGCUGCCGGUGCUGCGUUUGGGGAUGCGUGGUGAGACUCGGGGAGCUUCCGAAGCUCCAGGGUUUCAUCCUUGGAGAUUUUCAGGCUGACUUGGGUUUGUAUAGUUAUGUGG